AUUUUCCAUUUACGGGUUGUGAUUAAGCCGGUAAGGUUCUUGUAUCAAAGUUGCUGCUUGUGUUUCACUUUGUUCCUCUUCCCCCCUUCUCUCGUCUUUCUCUUUUUUCUCCCAUGGCCCAAUGUAAAUUCAGAAGAAAAGAAAAAGAAAGUUAAAAAAGGGGGAAAAUCUAAAGCUUUCUACUUUCUUGUGUUCGACUUCUGUUUCAAGUUAUUAGCUUUCUAUCCUGUCAUCAUUUGACCCAACUUACUUUGGCUGCUGAUUUGGGAAAUAGGUUAUGCAGUAAAGGAAAUUGAAUCAGGGUUGGUUUAUUGUGGAUUUGGUUCUUUCUUUUGUUGUAAGAUAUGAUCAAGCAGAUACUAGGCAGGCUUCCUCGCAAGCCAUCUAAGUCGUCCGAGAAUCGUGAAUUUGGGGGUUCAUCUGCUCCUCCUUUGAGUAAUCCCUCCCACUCAAGAAGCAGCGAUAUUUUGGGUAAUCAUAGGCUGCUAAUCGACAAUGCUCCUCUUUCUGGCCCUUAUUCUGCUCCUACUUUCGAAUAUAACCAUGGAAGUCGGCUCGCCCAAGUUGUCGAUCAAAAACUUAACAGGAGUUCCGGGACUGCUCCAUAUGAAGCUCUACCGGGAUUUAAGGAUGUUCCUAACUCUGAGAAGCAAACCUUGUUUCUUAGAAAGCUGAGUUUGUGUUGUGUUGUGUUUGAUUUCUCGGACCCAAUGAAGAACUUGAAAGAAAAAGACAUCAAGAGGCAGACAUUACUUGAGCUUGUGGAUUAUGUUAGUUCCGCGAAUGGAAAAUUUGCUGAAUCUGUCAUUCAGGAAGCUGUAAAGAUGGUGUCUGUCAACUUGUUUCGACCCCUUACACCACAGCCUCGUGAAAACAAGGUGCUAGAAGCCUUCGAUUUGGAAGAGGAAGAGCCUUUGGUGGACGCUGCAUGGCCUCACUUGCAAAUUGUAUAUGAAUUCCUUCUGAGGUUCGUGGCAUCUCCCGAGACUGAUGCGAAGUUGGCCAAGAGAUACAUUGACCAUUCUUUUGUUCUUAAAUUACUAGAUCUGUUUGAUUCUGAAGAUCCAAGAGAGAGGGAGUAUCUAAAGACAAUUCUGCAUCGUAUCUAUGGCAAGUUUAUGGUGCACCGUCCAUUUAUCAGGAAAGCUAUUAACAACAUUUUCUUCCGUUUUAUUUUUGAAACGGAGAAGCAUAAUGGGAUGACCGAGCUUUUGGAGGUUUUGGGAAGUAUAAUCAACGGGUUUGCCUUGCCACUCAAAGAAGAACACAAGUUGUUCCUUACACGGGCAUUAAUACCACUUCACAAACCAAAAUGCUUGCCGAUGUACCACCAGCAGUUAUCAUACUGCAUCACGCAGUUUGUCGAGAAAGACUGCAAACUAGCUGAUACUGUUAUUAGAAGAUUAUUGAAGUACUGGCCAAUUACUAAUAGUUCCAAGGAAGUCAUGUUCCUUAGUGAGCUGGAAGAAAUUUUGGAAGCUACUCUGCCUGCUGAAUUUCAGAGAUGUAUGGUACCUUUGUUCCGCAAAAUUGCACGAUGCUUAAGCAGUCCACACUUUCAGGUAGCGGAGAGGGCUUUGUACUUGUGGAAUAAUGAUCACAUCGAGAACUUAAUUAGACAAAACCGCAGAGUUAUACUGCCCAUUAUUUUCCCUGCCUUGGAGCAAAAUGGGCAUAACCAUUGGAAUCAGGUUGUCCAGAGCUUGACGUUGAAUGUUCGCAAGAUUUUUUCCGAUUCUGAUCCGGAACUAUUCGAAGAAUGCUUGAACAAGUUUCAAGAAGAUAAAGAAAAGCUGGAAGAGACCAAAGUGAAACAUGAAUCCACAUGGAAGCGCAUAGAAGAGAUUGCCGUAUCAAAAGCCGCUGACAGUGGACCGGUUCUUGUUCCUCUUGUUUUAGCCUCCGAAACACCAUGAGUCCACCCAUCGUAGAUUGACCUGACACUAGUCAAGUGUUGAUUUCUUUCAUUGUUGCUGCUGCUGCCACAAGAUGGUUCAAAUGCUUAUAGAAGUCAAGUACUCGAUAUUAAGCCAUCUUUUGCACUGAAAAGUCUUGAGUUGGCCUGGCUAGUCCCUGAUGGUCAAGAUCAUUUUGGAAGCAUCGAAGUCGAACUCUUGUUACGCAUACAAAGCAAAUAGAAGUUAGUAUCUGCUCUCUAUGCUCUUUACCUCUUGUUAAGAGUGAUGUUUUCCAGAAUCACACGAACCAUCUACAGUCACAGGUAAUUCAUGUUUUUAAUGUUGGUUUUAAUUGUUCCUCACUUCAUGGCAUUUCUUACAUAUAUAUAUAUAUGUAUAAUCUAUAUAGCUUAUCUUUGUUUACAAAUG